AUGAAGACAACUCCAACCCCAUUUGAGUAACUUAACCCUCGCACCGGUUCACCGAUCAAACGGUUCACCGCGUCACUUACUAGAAAAUAGAACCUCAAGAAAACCCACCCCUCUCCUCUCUCCGAGUUCCUGGACCAACACGAAUUUUCUCCACAACAGCCACCGGAGACGCCGCCGUAAAUUGACCUUACGCCGGUGACUCCACCACUUUUCAAGAAAAAAUAGAAUUCGAUAAUAAAAUAAAAAUUUUUAAAUGGCUCGUGGGUUCAAAUUCUCAUUUCACGUCAGUCUGGUUACAGCGGCCAUUAUUUACAUCUAUCUGUCGACAGUGUUUGUGUUCAUAGACCAGUGGGUUGGACUUGGGUCCUCGCCUGGUAUGAUGAAUGCCGCCGCCUUCACAUUUUUGGCAGUCAUGUGCAUCUACAGCUACCGUCUCGCUAUCUUUACUGAUCCGGGUCGGGUCCCCAGCUCAUUCGUGCCCGACAUCGAGGACUCUGAAAGACAGAUCCACGAGAUCAAGCGCAAGGGCGGGGACUUGAGAUUCUGUCAGAAGUGUUCUCAUUAUAAACCUCCCCGCGCUCAUCAUUGCCGUGUAUGUAAUAGAUGUGUCUUGAGAAUGGAUCACCAUUGCAUGUGGAUGAAUAAUUGCGUAGGCCAUGCAAACCACAAGAUCUUCUUUGUUUUCAUUGUUUAUGCGGUUCUAGCAUGUAUAUACUCCCUGGUUUUACUCAUUGGUAGUCUCACAGUUGAUACUGAGGACGAUACUGAAGAUUCUUUCAGAACUGUAUAUGUGAUUUCAGGGUUACUGUUAGUCCCAUUAAGCUUGGCAUUGGGUUUUUUUGUUGGUUGGCAUAUUUAUCUUAUGUUAAAGAACAAGACUACAAUUGAGUACCACGAAGGUGUAAGAGCUAUGUGGCUUGCCGAAAAAGGAGGGCAUCUCUAUUCACAUCCCUAUGAUAUAGGUGCUUAUGAGAAUUUGAUAUCUAUUCUUGGUCCAAAUUUUCUUUGCUGGGUUUGCCCCACAUCAAGACAUGUCGAUUCUGGCCUUCAUUUUCAGACAAAAUAUGAUAAACUUGUUAGAACAUCGGCUGAGGAGUAAAUCUGUUUUCCCUGUUGUCGAACUGUACUCUAAAACUACAAAAUCAUGUGCAGUUAAAAAAAGAUGUAUUUCCUGCUCUCUCUCUUUUUUUUUUAAGUAAAAUUAUCCUUUACUGGUAUAUACUAUUUCUACUCUGCUUUAGGCUAUGGAGGACUGGCACAAUGGAUGUUUACGGCUCAUAAACAACCUAGUUGAAAGGAAUGAGGUUUAGGUUCAAGGUUAUGAUUCUGAGAUAGUUUAGUUUCAUCUUUCCUUUCUGUCAGCCUGUGGCACGUGAGACUUGGAGUCACAAGGUUUUUCUUGAAGAAUCCGGGCCUGAUGGGUUCAUUAAAACUUUGGAUUGUAGACUAACAUACAUUAUCAUGUACCAAACAGAUUUAGGAUCCUCAGACUGUGAAGUAACUUUCAGAAAUUAUCAUAGCUGUUCUGUGGUGUUAUACUUCUCUUUCCAUUUCAUGUAUAAUUCGUUAUUGGCUUGUUUGCUUAGUUGGAUUGUGCAAUAUUGGACUGCGUGAAGGAAGAAAAAUAUGAUUUUACUAC